AUGCGUUCUGCUAUGGUUUCUCCUGUCGAUUGUGGUUUGAGCUAUCGUAACAUUACUGGAGAUAAAGUAGCUCGACGUCUUGGCAGCCUCAUCAACACAGCAUAUCAGGCGUCUUAUCAGCUUGGUGCAACUGCUCAGUCGCCUUCCAAGGAUAAAACAGCGCUAGCACUCGGCUUGAACGACACUACAGCCAGCGAGGGUGUCGGCUACACGACCAUCUACACAACAGCGACCACGACCCCCACGGAACAGGUAUUCAUCGCAAACAUUGCCUGGGUUACUGUCACGAUGGCCGUCGCAGUCAUCCUACUCCUUUGUGGCGUACUCAGCAUGGUCUUCAGAUACGGGACACGAUCGCCAGAUAUUUUGGGCUUUGUAUCAAGCAUGACUCGUGAUGAUCCCAACUUCCAACGUAUUCCAGGUGGUGACUAUCUUGACAGGCUCCAGAGGGCUAGGAUCCUCCGACAUGUCAGAGUACAAAUAGUGGACACAAGACCGUGGGACAAUGAUGGGCAUAUACAGAGGAACCUGGGACGCUCAGGAAGGCGAUAG